AUGGCUACUUCUUCAGAUAGUACUAUGUCUACUUCAACCAAUGUAUCUACUUCAGCCAAUAUUUUGGCAACUCCAAACUCCUCAAAUCCACUCUAUCUUCAUCAUUCUAAUCAGCUAGGUAUUACACUUGUUUCUCAACCUCUCAUCGGCGAUAACUAUGCCACUUCGAGUCGUGCCAUGAUCGUUGCUCUUAACGCCAAGAAUAAACUAUACUUUGUUGAUGGCUCCUACCUACAACCCUCUACUACUGCUCCUAAUUUUGCCUCAUGGACUCGAUGUAACCAUAUGGUUCUAUCUUGGAUCCUCAAUGCUCUCACUAAAGAGUUAUCAAAUAGUGUGGUUUACACUGACAGUGCUUAUGCUGUUUGGAUUGAUCUCCAUGACCAUUUUUCUCAAAGCAACGGUCCACACAUAUUUCAACUUCAGCGCUCCAUUUGCUCUUACACACAAGCUCAGUCUACCAUUGCUACAUACUUCUCACAGUUGAAAUCAUAUUGGGAUGAACUAUCCUCCCCUGUUCUCCUUGACCUUGCCACAAGGAGGAUGAUUGGACUGGAUAAGGAGCAAAACGGCCUUUAUCACUUCAUUCCACAUGUUCCUCCAGCCGUUUUAUCUGCUAACUACCAUUCUUCCUCUAAAUUAUGGCAUUGA